GGCUCGUGACCGCCAGCGGCCGGGGGAACCAGUUCCCAGACAGCUUCGGAGAGAUGGCAGGCGGCGGGGACCGGUGCGUCGUGGGCACCCUACACCUGCUGCUGCUGGUGGCUGCCCUUCCCCGGGCGGCCUGGGGGGUCAGUCCAGGCGCCGUAGCCUGGACCCAGGAGAAGAAUUAUCACCGACCAGCCACUUUGAAUUCCUCAUCUCUUCGGCGCGUGGCAGAAGGCACCAAUAUUUCUGAAAUGUGGCAAAAUGACUUACGACCCUUGCUGAUAGAGCGCUACCCGGGAUCCCGAGGAAGCUACGCUGCUCGCCAGCACAUCAUGCAGAGAAUUCAGAGACUUCAAGCUGACUGGGUCUUGGAAGUGGACACCUUCUUGAGUUGGACACCCUAUGGAUACCGGUCUUUCUCAAAUAUCAUCAGCACCCUCAACCCCACUGCUAAACGUCACCUGGUCCUCGCCUGUCACUAUGACUCCAAAUAUUUUCCCGAAUGGAACAACAGGGUGUUUGUGGGAGCUACUGAUUCAGCCGUGCCAUGUGCCAUGAUGUUGGAACUUGCCCGUGCCUUAGACAAGCAACUCCUUUCCUUGAAGAGGAUUCCAAACUCCCAGCCAGAUCUUUCACUCCAGCUGAUUUUCUUUGAUGGGGAAGAGGCUUUUCUUCACUGGUCUCCUCAAGAUUCUCUGUACGGGUCUCAGCACUUAGCUCGGAAGAUGGCAUCGACCCCACACCCACCUGGAGCAACAGACACCAACCAGUUGCAUGGCAUGGAUUUGUUGGUCUUGCUGGAUUUAAUUGGAGCUCCAAACCCAACAUUUCCCAAUUUUUUUCCAAAUACUGCCAGAUGGUUUGAUAGACUUCGAGCAAUUGAACAUGAACUUCAUGAAUUAGGUUUGCUUAAGGAUCACUCUUAUGAGAGGCCGUAUUUCCACAGCAAUGGUUAUGGAAAUGUGAUCCAGGACGACCAUAUUCCAUUUUUAAACAAAGGCGUUCCAGUUUUGCAUCUGAUAUCGUCUCCUUUCCCUGAAGUCUGGCACACCAUGGAUGACAAUGAAGAAAAUUUGGACGAAACCACCAUCGACAAUCUAAACAAGAUCAUACAAGUCUUUGUGUUAGAAUAUCUUCAUUUGGUGCCGGCCCGGUGGCGCAGAGGUUAAGUUCGCACAUUCCGCUUCUCUGUGGCCUGGGGUUCACCAGUUCAGAUCCCGGGUGUGGACAUGGC